ACAGAUACGCUCGACGCCAUGAUUGAAAAUGGAAUGAUGAGCGCUGUAUCAGAGUGGUUGGCCCCUUUGCCCGAUAAAAGCCUCCCAGCUCUCGAAAUAAGGACUGAGUUGCUUAAGAUCUUACAAGGGUUCGGCCGACUGGAUCAGGGGAUCCUAAAACAGUCCGGAUUAGGAAGAGCGGUCAUGCUUUUGUAUAAGCAUCCGCGAGAAACAAAGGAAAACAAAGCGAUAGCAGCUCACAUCAUACGAGAGUGGUCAAGACCUAUCUUCCAGCUAGAUACAGAUUUUCGUUCCGUAUCCCGUGAAGAGCGCGUUCAGAGAGAUCUAGAACAUAUGGCUAAUGCAAGGAAAAAGAAGCUGAGUGGAGAAGCUGGACCAUCUGAGCAGAAUUCAACUUCUAAAGACUCAGAGAAAGUUAUUAAUAGGGCUCGUGUUCCGCGACCUUCCACCAAAGAUUACGUGGUGAGACCGAAGUCGAAUGUAGAAUCAGAGUUCAAGGUGAGGAAUAGUCGUACUGUUAAGAUGCUAUGGUAUUGCUGUCAACUUCUGCUGUUCGUUUAUGCCGAAAGAAAAGGGAAAGCGUUCGCCCGUCUCGACAAAGCUCAACGUGAGUUUCUAGAAAGAACAAAGCGUAUGAAGGUCAAAAGAGCUGUUGGUGUAUCGCUAGAAGGAAGAAAUAUGGCCAUAUGA